CUCUUCCGCACCAGCUGUCUCGGCCGCCUCCUCACAACAACUCUGCUUGGAGGAACCCCAAGGAAAACAAAAAGGAGAAAGAAAAAGAUGAAUCCACAGCCAGACAUCUCGGGCUACUUUCCCUCCGCCUACCCCAUGAACAACGCGAACCGCUCCCCCGGCUCUUCGCGGCCGGGCUACAACACCGCCGUCGGCCUCACGGGCGUAAGUCGCAUGACACAGCGGCAGAUGGAGGCCAUCGGCCAGCCUUCUGCUGCCCUCUUCGCCGCCGCCGCCGCCGACGAUCGCUUCGCUUCCUACGACAACGCCGCCUUCCGACACAACAGGCUACAACCCGCUGCUGCCUUCGCGACCGACAGCUUCAAUGGAAACAACCAGGCUUGGGCUUAUAACGCCGGCGCAAACACUGUGAAUGGCGCUUUGGGCGACAAUAGGGUGCGCAAUGGCGGUCGUCGGGCUCUCCCCACGGAAUGGAUGUCCGAACAAAAUGGCCUUGGAAGCCAUGCUCUCAACACCCCUUCGACACAGUACUCUUCCACUUUUGGCCAGUCCGUGGGUCUUCUGAACGGUGAUGGCAACUUCGCAGGUGACCGCCAUGGCUAUCCCGGCAGCAUGUACGACCCUCGCCACGAUUCCAAGACCCUCGGCAGCGACCUCAUCCCUACCGCCAUUGUCAUCAAGAACAUUCCUUUCAACGUGAGGAAGGAGAUGCUUACCCAAAUCAUGACCGACCUUGGCCUUCCCCAGCCUUAUGCCUUCAACUACCACUUUGAUAACGGCAUUUUCCGUGGUCUUGCCUUUGCCAACUUUCAAAGCCCCCUGGAUACCCAGACCGUCAUCGAGCAGCUUAAUGGUUACGAGGUUCAAGGCAGAAAGUUGAGGGUGGAGUACAAAAAGAUGCUCCCUGAGCACGAGAGAGAGCGCAUCGAGCGCGAGAAGAGGGAGAAGCGCGGCCAACUGGAGGAGCAACACCAGCCCAUUGCCCUGCACUCCCAGUCUUCCAUGCACUCCUUGAAUGCCGCUCACACUAGCAGGUCUCGCAACUCGCCGUUGCGUAAGUCGUCUCGCCGCGAUCUUUUGCCGCCAAACUCUAACCAGGAUGAUGUUACAGGAGAUGUUGACCUCAACAACCCCGAAACUCUCAAGUUUUAUACCGAGUUGACUCUCUUCCGAAAUGAUCCCAACCGUGAGAUCAUCAUCUUCCCUGCCAGCAUUACCCCCCAGCAGCGUCGUACCGUUCACAUUUUGGCUCACAACAUGGGUCUUGAGCAUCGUUCAGUUGGCGAAGGUCCUACCCGCCAGUUGCACGUCAUCAAGGACACGGCCACUGCCACCUUGGCGAGCAUGGCGCCUCCUAUGCACAUCUCCCCUGGUGUGUCGGCUGAUGCUCACCGUCGUGGUCUUAGCCGUGCCGCCACCAUUGAUUUUGCCGAGUCCCGUGCCAAUGCUCCGGGUCAGUUUGCUACCUUGGGUAGACAGGGUAGACACGGCCCGACUCUGGAGCUUCCUGACAGCCCCGAUGGCGGCAUCAACGCGUUACGCGGUGUCAAGUCCUUCGCGGAUCUGCGAUCAUAUACACCCAGCCCUUCGCUCUCAGCUUCUGGUUUCCCACAGAGCAGCCUUCACAGCUCCAGCAUUGCUCAGUAUGGCGAGUAUAGCGCCAGCCUCGGUGGACCUAACAGCGUAAUGACCACGCCAACCACACCUGGAGCAGCUUCCAACAAGGACACUUCACUAUUGAUUUCGGAUCUUGGUUCCCUGUCGCUGAGCGAGCCCUUCAACGCCAACCGCCUCAGGCCCAGAGAGACUCCUGGCGCAAUUGGGAGCCAACGCUCUCCUUUGAAUGGAAACAGCACUCGCAGCGUUCCGGAGCGUCAACCUCAUGGACCGAGCAGUGGUGACUGGGGUGAGAGCAUCGGCUUUGCCGGACGGGGACGCACCAACGGUCACAUGCAGCGUGACAGUGAUUCGUCCGAAAAUGGUACGCGCGGAGCGGCAACGUCCACCUCUUCAAGAUUCCAGUAGGAUUGGAAUCUAGAAACAAGCUCUCCGCCGCCUUGGCAAUGCUCACGGAAGACCAUUUUGUGAUGUCUGAUUU